UAUUGUCUUUCAAAAUGGCGUUCAGCUUGGCUGCAUUUGCGUAUAUUUGUGCGUUAAUUCUCGACGCAUUUUUAAUAUUCUUUGCUAUUUAUCACGUAAUUGCAUUCGAUGAGCUCAAGACAGAGUACAAAAACCCGAUCGAACAGUGCAAUAGUCUAAACGCCCUGGUGCUUCCGGAGUACGCACUGCACAUCUUAAUUAAUAUAUUAUUUUUAAUAAGUGGGGAGUGGUUCUCGAUACUUCUCAAUGCUCCCCUCAUAGCAUACCACGUAAAUAGAUAUUUAACGAGACCCGUAAUGACUGGUCCUGGGCUUUACGACGCCACAAGCAUAUUGAAUGCUAACAAUCUGUCGAGAUGUCAACAGGAGGGCUGGGUCAAACUAGCAUUCUAUCUUUUAUCAUUCUUCUAUUAUUUGUAUGGAAUGAUCAGCUCACUCAUCCACUGAGCAGGUUCCUUCCCUAUUGAACUGUCAAUGGAGUACUACAAAAGGGAUUGAUUGGAAAUAUCGAGUUUAAUAAGGCGAUUAAUCUUCCAAAUGCAGUCUUUUAUUUCCUUUUAAUUCUCAUCUUUAUAUAGUUAUUACAAAAUGUCACAAGUUUUUCUUUAAAACUCCAAAUAGUGCCAAUUAUAGGAGAUUUAAUUAUCUAAAAAAAGAUUAUACUUUCAUGAACAUUAAUUGAAUACUCCACAAAAAUAAAUUGAGGAAUAGUAAUUUUAUAUCAUAAGACAAACAAUGUUUAAUACAUAAUUAUUUAUUCAUUAAUACUACGAUAAUUAUCUCUAGUCUUCAAUUAAUUUCAUUCAAUCACAAUAAUUUAACGGGCAGUACUUGCUGUACACAUAAUCAAUCAAAAACUCCAACAAUUUCACAAUUCUCGUCUGUGAAUAGUGAGGCUUGUAUAUUUUGUAUUUUGAUACUGGUAAAUAUUAAAUAUCAAAAUGUAUUUUUAAAAAACACCAGUUCUAUGAUUUCCUCAUGUAAAUAACGUUGAUCAUGUGAACGCCUACGACUAAUUAUUUUUGUUAUAGAAAGCAUGUAAAAGUGUUGAGUAUCAAAUCCACGAGUACAAUAUAAAUGUGUAAUAAAAAACGUAUGAAUUUAGAUAUCACAAA